ACGGCGCAGAACGCGCGUUUGCUCUCCGACGUGCGUUCGCUCCCCGUGAAAGCGCGCGUCCCUCGCGCCCUUUCACUCGCACAUACAGCGUCCGGAGCGCGGCGACGAUUUUAUCGCCGUUGACGUCAUACGGAACCUCACGGUGACGGCGAUGACGAUGGCGACGCCGAUGGCAGAAAUCUGCUUUGAAGUGUCCAUAUAAUUGCUAUCGCAAUGAAAGAGAAAAAGAAAAAAAAAACGCUACAAAAAAACUUCAAGCCACCUCUUUCUUCAGUUUGCGCUUGCAAAUGUUACCAUAUCAUUUUCUCCUACUGCUUACGGCCUACAGUGUGAAAACAAUGGCUCAAGCUCGCGGGCAAAGCUUGAAUCGUUCAAUAUGUGCCGAACGCAGUGCAACAAGUUGUUUUAUGUUGUAUGCGGCAGAUAUACGUAUAUGCACUCUGUGUCAUUGUCCUGCAGUGAAAUGCGAAAGCAAAACCCAAAACAGCAACGAAACAAGAAUCGCACCGCGCAGGCACGCGCCCGCAUUCGAAGGUGCGCGAGCUUCGUGGAAGGGAUAAAAAAGAAAGCCGAAGACGGGCGAGCAGGUGCCGCGGGUCACGCGAACGCUGUAACUCAAUCACGUGUUGUGAACGCAUACUUGCGUCGCCGUGUCGCACUUCUACGUUCCGCCCAGUACUUCGUGCUGUUGUUUGUGCCUGCGACAUAUUCUGGAACCAUGGACAGCCACAGCACGGAAUCUACCUUGAUCAGCAGGGAUGGGUCCGUGUCUUACUCAAAGUCUCCGAAGAACAAACCAAGUCCCAUCAAAUCGAAGCGGAAGAAAAUGGAGUUUGCAGAACUGAUCAAGAUCACCAAAGUUGACCGUGUAGUUCUGCACGCACCGCUCUGUACAAGCUUUUCGGGGACGUUAUCUCUUUCGAGUCACCACUCUAUCUUCUCGUCGCGCACUGAUGACGAUAAGGAGUUAUGGUUGCUGCACAGGAUGGUUGAUACUGUCGAACGACGAAUUGGGGCCCUAUCUGGGUCACUGUUUUUGAAAUGCAAAGACUUCAGGAUAAUUCAGCUCGAUAUCACUGGUGUUGAAGCUUGCAACAAUGUCGCAGACACCAUCGAGUGCCUGUCUGCAUUAGAUAACCCGAAAUGGUUUCAUCCGUUCUUUUACAAUCCAUCUUUUGUUAUAAUGGAGGAUGGGUGGUCAGCAUUCGCAACAGAGCAAGACUUUGCCAAGAUCAAGCUCGUCUCGGACGAUUGGAGGAUAUCAUCUGUGAACCAAGAUUUCUCGGUCUGUCCAACCUAUCCUGAACAAGUGAUUGUACCAAAGAGGGUAGAAGACAGUGUACUGGUUGCUUCAGCUUCCUUCAGACAGAUGGGCCGUUUUCCAGUGUUGAGCUACUUUCACAAGAAAGCAAAGACGGCACUCAUGAGGUGCAGUCAACCAUUGGUUGGAACCACAAUGCGGCGUUGUAAUGGUGAUGAAGAGCUGCUCAAAUCUGUGCUGAUGGGUGGAAAGAAGGGGUUCAUCAUCGACACCCGAACACAGAAUGUUGCUCAGCUAGCAAAAACAAAAGGUGGUGGCUGUGAGCCUGAAGUGCAUUACCCUAUGUGGACACGCCUGCACAAGCCAAUCGAGCGCUAUACAGCCCUCUUGGAGUCCCUCUCCAAAGUGGUGGAAGGAAUGCGCAAACACUCACAUCUCAGAGUACGUGGACCUUUGGGCUCACUAGACACUAAACAACCAGCAAAAACCAACCGAUACUUCCUGGCGUCAACCGACACCGGUGUAAGCAUGGACAAGUGGCUGUCCCGGCUCGAAGCGUCGGGGUGGCUGAGUCAUAUCAAGAGCGUUCUCUCUUGCGCCUGCUUUGUUGCCCAGUGCCUUGACCAAGACGAACGUUCCGUGGUGAUACACGGGUCGGAAGGCACGGACUCGACCCUGCUGGCGUGCUCCCUGGCUCAAGUGAUCCUGGACCCGGACUGCCGAACGAUGCGUGGGUUCCAGGCACUUGUGGAGCGCGAGUGGCUUCGUGCAGGACACCCAUUUCGUCUGCGCUGCCAGCAAGGUGCUUUUGCACCUGCCAGCAUGCGUACCAAGGAGCAGAGCCCCACCUUCCUCAUAUUCCUGGACUGCGUGUUUCAGAUUCACCAACAGUUUGCCUGCUCAUUCGAAUUCAACGAGCAGUUUCUCAUUAUGCUGUUUGAACACAGCUACUGCUCUUCAUUUGGUACGUUCCUGGCAAACUCUAUGAAGGAAAGAAAAGAACUCAAGCUGCCGCAGAAAACAUACUCUCUGUGGUCUUACGUAAACUCGCCAGACAUGCUGGCAGAGCUUACGAAUCCAAUGUAUGACCACAACAACCAGGUGAUCUGGCCAUCAGUGGCCCCUCAAAGCUUAGUUUUGUGGCCAGCCCUGUUCUUACGCUGGGUCUAUGAUCAGAAGCCUCAGAAGGAAGCGUGGGACAUGGUAUUGGAAAUCCGAAACAGAGAUAAGGAACUACGCUCUAAAGCAUUAAGGCUACGCAGGCAACUACUAGAGCUGGAAGAUGAGGCUGUCGUCCAGGGCGUCUUGCAAGACUCUCUCAGCCUGCUUGAAUGACAUCCGAGGAGGGGCUCAGUUCCGUCUUCGCAGCGGGGAAGCACCAGCGCUGUGGAGGAUAUGGGGCCGAGCCACCAGCAGAUAACAGCACUGGCUCAGGAAACCACCAGCACUGGCAGCCGGGCUUCUUUCUCUCACAUGUCAUCCUCCGGUUCACCUCAGUCGUCCCUGUCCUCGUCACCAGCUGCCACUUCCUCUGGUACUCCUUCGCACGUGCGGAGACUCCUCAGAAGCCUACUGCAUCUAAGCUUAGACAGCCAUGCGGGAACUCGCCUGGCUCCGGACUUUGGAGCUGCGUCAUUUGACGAGCUCACAUUUAAGCGGGGUGACGAUGAUUGACGUCCUUUUGUGUGGCUUUAAAUUGUGGCGGUGUCGUGUGACACAUUAGUAGUUGGUGGCCAGUGUCCUCGGCUGUCCUCCUUGUCUUUUUUCCGGAGCUUAGCUUGCGCUGUAAUGCAUAUAUUGUAUUGGUUAUAAUGCACUGAUCGUAUUGGUUGGUGAUUGAUGCCCAUAUCACUGGAUUUUCCGAAUUGAGCACAGAUUUUAAUUACUGAAGGUUUCAGAUUUUCGGGUGGAGUGAGAUACAGCUUAGGUUUUAAGAUUUCAUUGAGAACGUGACUAUAAUUAUUAUAAUGUGUCAGCCAAGGACAUUUUGUGAGAGUUCUUAAUUCAUCAGUGAUACAGUGCUUUUCGCAAUUUCUGAUCAUCCACUUGUUGUUGGUUGUCGCUUGCUGUCAGUAAUUUUCAACAUCAAAAGGAAAACUCCAACUUGCUGAAUUUUAAAUAUAUCUUAUUGUAUUGUGAUAAACACAGCUAUGGGCAUCUUUAUAACUUGCUUAGCUGUUGUUUGUAUUCUUUAAUCCCAACAACUGCUACACGGUAUAGGUCACAGUGCUGUGUAUUCAAGGAUCUCAGCAUGUGCUGCACACCUUUUCUAUGGGACUUCUUGCAAAUGUUACACAACGCCUUAGCUUAUAGGGUUGUUCAAGGUUGACCGAGGCAUCAAUUUUGACAGUAAACAAGAAAUGUGCUAUAAUUGUGAAACUAAGUCAACUUUUCACCUCCCCGUGCAUGUUUUGCCACUGUUGCAAUUGUAUUUAGUGUCCUCUGAUUCCUUUCACACAAAAGGGCCUGCAUUGCUGUUUGAGCCAGUGCAGGACCACUUUUUGCAGCCAGAUGAACCUGUCCGUGAGAUUCAUUAGCGUCUCCCUGCUGCCCUUCAACUACUGAGAUCAUGCAUAUAUUGGUGUCUGUUACGUUGUUUACCACAUUACCUGCAGUUAUGAAAGAAUAUUAAGCUGCAUUGACAAUGUUUUCUUGGAAAUUUGAUUGCACUUAGGUGUUUCAUAAUCACAGGCACAUGGGCCUCCACUAUAAUAGCUGGGACUUCUGUGUCUAAUGUGUUGUACUGUGAAUGGUAUACUGAAAAGGAAUAUUGUUACCUCAUCUGACAAUUCUGUCAUUCUUCAGCUGUUUGUUUACAUUCCAUAGGUGAAAAUCCAGUCAGCCCUGAACCACGCUUGCAGCUAUGCUCUAAAAGUGGAACAAGUUAGCCCUUCUGUGCCCAAGUAGGUUGUGUCGUAUUGGUGAUGCCCAUGACGUUUUCGAUAUGCUCUAGAACAGUGCUUUUAUAACUGUGGUCUGCAGGCUCCCGCAGGUCAACAGGGUCCAUGAGUACUACUUGCGGCAUGAGUCAUCGACUAGCACUGUCUUCCAAAAAGAACAAGCAAAUGAUCUUGCGAGGAACUUGCAAAAUCUAGCCAUGAAAAGCCAGAUUCCUUGCAAUGAUGUCCUAACUCGCAUUUUCUACAUGCUACAUCCACCGUUAUCACCAAUCUGGAAUACAAGGGAUGUAUGGUGCACGUUAAUGCAAUCAGGGGGGCUGCAAAUACUGUUUUCAUUGUAGCCCUAAGUUGAUUUGUUUUAAACCCAAAAAUUCGAGAGGUAACUAAAGCUGCAUCCUCACAAUAAACCAAGUCUGUGCUUUGGUCGGCAGACUUGACAUCAUGUGACCCUGGGUUUCUGGUUUCGCGAGGGCCAUGUCUGACUGUAGACUGUGAAGAUGGGAAGGGGCAUCUGGUUUUUUCAUUGCCAGGUGGGCCUGAACUGGGUUGAAGACCAAGUAGCGCUGGAGCAAGAAGAGAUACUUAGCCUGGAAACUAAGACACUUUUUAAAGCAAAGCUUUCUUUGCCUACCUCCCUGCAAUUUGGCAUGUCGUCAUCGUGGUGGUGGUCGUCGUCAUCAGCUGUCUCGCCGAGUAGAGGCUGUUGUAUUGGGGAUACAUCACUACUGCAAGGUUUGCAUUUACUUGGUGCAUACAGCAUUUCUGGCGUCAUGACGAGUCGUUUUGUCUUGCCAGCUUAUCAAAGCUUCGUCUACACUGAUUCCCACAAUGUGUGGGGUCUGCGUGAUUUCUUGGUAGUACCGUCGUGGUCCAAAAUGCUUUAAGCAAGCCACCGUGGCUCACGUUUUUUGUGCACCUAUGUUCCAGACAAUAUGAAAGUUGGUCAUCUUCUUACCUGUGCAUGAACAAAUUGCCUGCAUUAGUUGUUAAAAAGUGAAACGUCUAUAAGACACUCUUCCUGAAGGAAGUGACAUGGUAUGGAAUUACUACUUUAUGUCCAAGAGAUACUGUGUGGCCCCAUCAUGUUUCAAGGCAGUGUGUGUUCACUGGCAUGCCUGCUUUGGCAACAGAUCAUGGCAUGGCACCCUGUUGAGCUGAUGUGUGCCAUUAUUUCACUUUGUAGGUGAGCACUGAUUGCAGCUCAACCACUCGUAGUCCUGCCAUCAUGUAACCGAUUGACCAGCAAACUGGUGUGUCGUGUGGAUCGAACUUAAAGGGCCCUUAAACCAUUCUCAGCUCAAAAACUUGUUAUGUAGUGGCAGCUGUGUACCAGCCUGCAAUUAACAUACAGAUAUACAAGAAUUGUUUUAAAUGAUGUUGACGACAACUGUGUGGUUGUGGCUGUUUCUCAAUCGCUCUCUCUAAUCUCCCCACAGACGUGCCUCUUCACCUCACUGCAUACUUCUUUAUACUUCAUCUCGCCAGUUGUGUGCAUGCAGCGAUAGCUGCGAGUUGCAUUAGCCAACCAGAAGAAAGAACCAAAAGAACGGGUUCUUCCAUAGUCCACUUCUGAUCACCCUUUGUGGAGUGUCAACUUAAAGCUUGACAGAAGGAUCAGGGGCAUACAAUGGGUGAGCCCCCUCCCUUCUCAGAACACGCAGGUAGCUUUCAUUAAAUUGGCAACUCGCCCCUCAUCAACCAAAUAAUCAACAGCUUUUACCUUGGUCACGUCACGCGCAUGUCCCUGCUGGCAUGGAAUGUGUGAAGAAGGGACCAGAAAAGCCCGGUGAGGAGCACAAGAUUGUUUUUACAUUUUGUGGUUUUUGCAUGGCAUGCGGCACUGCCAUGUUUGCCAAAGAUGAUUGUCACAGAAUUCUCUACAUGAUGCACUUGUUUAUGUAAAAUGUGUUACAAAAAUAAGAGGUGGUUUAGGAACCCCUUAAGUGGAUUCGAGGGUUUACGACUGCUAGUUGAGAACCCCUGCUUUAGAGGCUGGCAGUGGCAUGGUCAUUCUGGGUCAUCACUGAAGUUAUUUAAUCCAAAACGUGCUUUUAAUUUUGUCCUACUUGUGUUGGGACUCUUUCAAGAUUCCUCAACUUGUCUGUUUCUAUAGUUGAACACUUGCUCUCUCUGUACAAUAGUGAAUGCGUAAUUCUCCCAUACCAACAGGCCUACUGAACACUACAUGCCAGUCUAUUAAUCUGCAUUCUUGUAUAUAGUUGGUGAGAAAGAAAAAGUCUCGGAAGUUGUUUGCCACGUGUGCGAGCGUUAUGAUAAUGCAUACACUGAAUAUGUGGCAUUGAUGUAACACUAAUCUCACUUCACUUAUAUAUUUGGCAUUUUUGCCAUUCAUAUGAAUUCUUGCUUCAAGAACAGCCUUUCUGUUUCAGGUGGUUGAUGUUUAAACGCAUGUGUGUGAAGUAUAAUCCCAUAAAUCAAAGCUUGCCAUGUUGAAAAAAAUCUGCGUGGUGUGAUUUUUUGUACUAUGUGCAUAUCACACCAAUGUGUAAGAACACCACUGAUCAGCUGUCGCUGGUUGUUAUGUUGGAAGGUGUAAUCGGGGAUGCUGUUGUAGAGAUUGUCCUUGAUAUGGUCCACAUUCAUGCCUGUAUUGAUGACAGAUCUUCAACGGCUUGUGAUACUACCAUUGUUGUCUAUAUAAGUACUGGUAAGCUUUCUUUUAAUCCUUCAAUUUACAUACAUUUAUAAAAAAGCAACUUAGCGCUGUUUCUACGUGAUGAUGCUGUACUGAGCACGCUUGCUCUUAUAAGCUCAAGAGUCACAGUGCCAUUUAUUAUACUGCUCUUUUAGAUCAACAAGAUGAAACCUGGUCAUAUGUACAUUGCACUUUUGCAUUACUUAUGUUACAUAGUAUUUCACUGUGUUUGAUUCAAUGCUGUGUGCCCUCCAAACCCUGCACUUAUUUUGAUAUCUCCAUUUUUCGGUUUUCAAGUAAUGUGCAUUAUGCAAUGUGCACACUUUGCACUCCGUCUUUGCCUUCUGUAACUCUUUGCUUGGAAGGCAUCCAUUGUUUCUUUUUUUUCUCUCUCUCUUUUCUCAUCCAUAUUUUGUAUUUAAUAUGUAUUGAUUUGUAACGUACAUAAACAUAUAACAAAUUUCGAUUUAUAACAAAGGUAUUUUCAUGUCAGACGUGACUUUGUUGUGAAGAGGUCUGCCUACGGUAGUGCUUUGAUGUUUGCUCUGUUAUUCUGAUUGAAGUGCUUUCCCCGUUCAUGCUUUCAACAGAUGUAUCUCUCAUGGUUUCUAGGUACCUAACUUAUAAGUAACCGUUAAUGUCCUGGAAGGAGCUAAAAUGUAGCCAAUCUAGGCCACUAAUCAGGAAAACUGCAAAAAUGGUAGCCACAGUGCAACUAAAUGAUAACCCUAGUGUGAAUACGAGAUACACCUUUUAUAGAAUACUGUAGAAACGAUGUGGUUACAUACGAACCUAGUACCAGAAACAGAAAUUUACAAGUGCAGCUGAGGCAAUUUCUUGUGCUAGUCAUGCAAAAUAUCUGACUGACAAUGUUUCCAGCAGUGCCCUGAGUAGCCAGAAGGCAGCGAGGUCAUAAGGGAGACCAAAUUAUUGCAGCUUAGUGGCCACAGAAGUAGCUGCUUUGGUGCAAGGCUCAAUUUUCAAGUUAAGGAUAACUUUUUAAAAAGUUUCUAUUGCAUGUAUUAACACAUUCAUUCGUGCUUAAAUCUGAGCAUAUGAGGUGGUUCAUUAUGGAAGCACUCGUAAUCAGCAUUAAAGAAUUAUUGCAGCAGGCAUGCGAGAUCAAACGUCAAUCUUCGUCCCUGCUAAGUACUCCCCCCAGGAAACAGUGUGCUUGGUGGUACUUUUCUGAUUACUCUGCAGAAGGAAUGUAAAUAGGGCCUUGCCUUACCUCCAACGUGUACAUGCAACUUGAGCACAUAGUGAGAUGCGCAGUUGCUCUGCAAGGGAUGUGGAGCACAUAGUGAGAUGCGCAGUUGCUCUGCAAGGGAUGUGCAACCUUUGGGGUUUAUCUUGCCCCUUAACAGUAAGUGUUAUCAAUCAUGGAUGCAUUUCCUUUAACACUUUCCCACUACUUUCUUGUCAGAGACAGUGCCACACUGAUCAUGCCAUGAUGUCGCAUGCCAUCAGUCACCUGAAUGGGCUUGGAGAGGAGAAAUGAUUUUUAUUGUUGGGGGACAACGUAAGCCCUAAAAGGUGGAAAUUUUUCUUGGAUUUUACACUCUAAAACAGUGUACAACUCUUUGGACUUUAUUUUGACCCCCAAUAAUAAUAAUCGUCAAUCUUGUGCACACUUCCUUUGUUCAGCGCUGUGUUCUCUACUUUCCUUUUUUGAACGCUAUGUCACGCCGAUACACAAAUUCCAACCAUGACCUGAAUGUACCGGGAGUGAAGCGUUAAACAAAGGAAACACACUCAUGAGACAUAGCGAUUAUUGUUUGGGGACAAGAUGAGCCUCGUAGGGUAGAAAUUUUUUUUAGAGUCCUUGUGUAUUUGCCUCUAUGUUUUAGAGUUUUUAUACUCCCCAUUGGAGGAGUAUGCUUGCCUUUCGAUGGUGUAAAUUCAUUCUGUCCGUGCAUGAGCAGAGCGAGUAUUACACUGCAGUUACAGAGGGGGUUAAAAUAUGAGGCAUGCACUUAGUGAUGCAAAAGGAGGCACCAGCCCUCAUUUGUCCAUAGUGGGUAAAAAUACAGUUACUGGUGUCACUGUUAUACUGUUGUUACCAGCUUGUAAAUUAUACAGACAUAGUGGCUGGCAGUGUGCCACCUGAAUGAUUUAUUCCACUCUAAGAGCAUUCAUUUAUAAAACAAAAGUGAGAUCUCUGUGUUUUGAUUUUUACCCCUCGGAGGCUUUUGUGUAUGAAGUGUACUUUAUCGUUUCUGAAGGAAAAUGCUUAUGUGAACAUCUGAAUUCAUGUAAAGGUAUUGCGCCUGGAACAUUCAGUUGAAAGAUUAUAUUCAUUACAGAGCUGCACUCAACCAAGAUGUUUAAUUGUCAGCUUUCACAGCAUAUUUAAAUAUGAGUGUGUCAAAUCUCAAGCUCAUCUUGAAAAAUACCAACUUGACUGUUGGAUAUGACGUGCCCUUAUAAGUAAGCCAUAGGCUGCUUCUCAGUGUUGUUUUUGUUGUGCUGAUGCUGUGUGUGUUUAGCCUUUUCAGGGAUCCUGUUGGUCAGAUAUUGUGACUUGGCUAAAAUACCCCUUGUACAGAUGUUGAAGGCUGUUUGCAUUGAACUUUUUCGGUUUACUAUAAAGCUUGGCUUUGGAAGUGUGUCCUGAGAAUUUGCAGACAUGUUCAUGGUGGCCUUGGUACUAAGGUCAUAAAAUGCUCAUGUCUACCUUUAUGUUUAGGCUCUUUGGGAAACGUUUACCUUGAGGAACAGGCAAAUGAUGUUUAUAGUGGAAAUGGUUUGCCUGAAUUGCUUGUGCUUAAGUGGUAAUCAUAGACAGUGUGGGUUUGUAUUGAGCCAAUUUGGCACAAACAUGCGAUUUUUCACUGUGGAAAGACCUAGUCACUGAUAGGUACUUGCAUUUGCUAUGACAUUUUUAUUAAUAGUUGAUUUUAUAGAUGCACUUAAUUUUCUUGUUUUCUUUUCUGUUAAUAGGUACAUACAUGUUUGCACAGGACAAGGCACUCAUGCAUUGCUAACGAUUUGACACCAUAAAUGCUGUUGUUUCGUGUUACUUGAUAUUUGUUGCUCACAAAUGUUGCCAUCACCAUAUUAAACAGCUUACUGAGCUUA